AUGUGUUUAAACACAUUAGAUAUUUUCUCUGUAGAGUUCCAAAACUGUAAAUACGAGUUGUCCAUGAUUACUCUCUUUGAUACAGGAUUUACAACUGAAGAGAAGGAAGAGUUGAAAUCACACAUUGAUGGUUACCUGUUAAUGUUUGAUGUAAAGAACAAAUUCUCUCUUGAAAAGGUGAAAACUCAUAUGAAAUUAAUUUUGCAACUUCACGAUCCUACUUCUCCAAUCUUGGCUGAAAUGAAUAAGAACUCUUGGCAAAAUGCCUACAAGAAGAAGAGAAAGGCUACUGAAAAUAAUGCUUCUUCAUCUUCUUCUUCUACCAAUACUGUAACUACAACCAGCACAAAUAGUAGUAAUGUUUCCACUCCAACAUUGAAUGUUACAGAUACCUCAAAUAAUCCAACAACUAUUGUGAGCCCUAGCUCACCAGGAAGAGAAACCGGUUCAAUUUCAUCAUCUAUAGCAUCAUCUCCAACAACAACAUCUAGCACAACAAGUAGCGUUUCAUCUUCAACUUCUCAAACAAUUCUACCUGUUGUUAUUAUUGGAAAUAAGUGUGAUAUUCCUGAUGAAGAAAGAGAAGUUGAAACCAAAGAAGGUUUACAAUUGGGCGACAAACUUGGUUGUCCAUUUAUUGAAACAUCAGCAACCUUUAAAAAGAAAGGAAUUGAUACAGCAUUUAUAGAGCUUAUAAAGAGAAUUGAUAGGACUCGCGAAGAGAAACGAAGAAUUUUAGUUCGAUCAUCAAUGGGUUCUUUGGAUGAUAACGCCAUCGAUAGAAGAAAGAGCAUUUCUUCUAUAUUCAGUUUUGUGAGUGUAUCAACAUCUGACAAUGCUGCAGCCGAUGAAUAUCAACAAGCAAAAAGAGCCAAAGAGAUGAGAGAGCUUAGAAAACAGCAACUAGCUCAAAAGCAAUAA